ACAACUCGGUUGCUAACGAACGGCGUCGAUCAUGCGAAUUACGCGUGUUGGAAUUUCAUAACUUUCCAUCUCAUUUUGUCUAGAAGACUUCUUAAAAAACACCACUAUUCAACAUCUUGUGAAUUUAUAGCAAAUGCUGAAUACAUGGACUAAAUCGAUGAAGUAAUUACGACAAAUCAUGCUUUAUUUAUGAAGUAAAUCAAAGCUGAGCUCAAAUUAUCCCUGCAUGGCUUCGGUACUGACAUGAAGCUGCUGGUCUCUCAAAGAAUGGCUCCAAUAGAAAGCUGAUUCUAGGGAAGUUGUAAAUAUAYAUUAUUAUAAAGAUGUUUGGUCUUCGAGCUCUUUAUUGGAUUGUUUUAAGUUAUGKUGUCACUGUUUUGGAAGCAACACUGACGUUCACAAUCCAGCCAUCAGAUUUAGUAUAUGCUCCAGGACAAAAGGUGAUGCUUAACUGCCAGGCMUCUGACAGUAAAGGUCGAUCAGUUUUGAUUAACUGGAAAAGGAACAAUACAUGGUUAAUUGACYCAACRAACAAACCCUGGAAAUUUCUUCGUAACAACUCRCUGUAUUUCCAAAGCAUCUCAGAACAAGAUGGUGGUAGGUUUAUUUGCGGGGCAUCAAUUCCAGGCACUAGUGAGACGAUUUACAGUGCAGUAGCCAAUGUCCRGUCAGCUUACACUAGUGGUCUCUUCAGUUCAACACCAUUAAACCAUACCAAAAGAGUUGGUGAUGCCAGUACMUACUUCACUUGUGUUACUGGAAAUAGUCUUCCGUUUGCAAAUGUUUACUGGGAAAAAAAUGGGAACAACCUGUCAAGUGUUAAUGUUGUCAAUCAACAGAUUUCUACGUCGACACCUGAAGUCAAAUURACAUCAUCAAGUCUGACCAUCAAAAACAUAGAUCUGUCCAGUGCAGGAUUCUAUCGAUGUGUUGCUGUCAAUAGCUUUGUGCCGUCUAUAGUGAGAAGGAGUAAAGGCGGCUAUUUGAAUGUAUUACCAAAAGAAGACAAACCUCACUUCCUGGUACAYCCCACAAACCUGGUGGCAACAGAGCACAAACCAGCAAUCCUGCAAUGUGCAAUACUUGGUGUCCCUCAACCUACUGUUACUUGGAUGUACAAUGGACARUCACUAAUCACAUCACCAGCAAGACAAAUCCUUAACAACGGGUCUUUGUACUUUCCGUCAGUCAACAGGACUUUUACUGGMCAAUAUAAGUGUAAAGGGACAAACAAAGUUGGGUCAAUUGAMAGCUCAGAUGUCUUGUUUAGUGUAGCAUUUUUUGAUUUCCAAUUCUUCGAGCAACCUGCAAGCCAGAACGUCACCAUGGGAACGCAAGUGACACUGCGUUGCAGACCACCCACAAGUUAUCCUGUUGAUAUUACCAUUAACUGGUUCAAAAAUUACCAGGAAAUCCAGCCCAGUUCUGSYAUAACCAUUACUAGUUCGGGAUCAUUGGUGUUUAGUGCAAUCAAGAAAACUGACGAAGGGGAAUAUUUUUGUAAUGGUGAAAACAAGGUCUUGAAAGCUGCAAGAACGUCUAACAUUGCGACAAUAACAGUGUGGGUUCCCCCAACGUUCAGUAAACCUCCCAAAGAUACCGCUGUAAUACAGUACCAUGUGCUAACUCUUCAUUGUGAGGMCACAGGGUUCCCAACGCCAUCAGUUUCAUGGCUCAAAGAUGGUGGUGCCCUAAAUAGCAGUCAUGUGACUUUAUUAGCCAAUAAAAGCUUAGUGAUUCAACGUGCGACGGUGAGGGAUGCUGGGAACUAUUCUUGUAUUGCUACCAACAUAGCAGGUCGAGCCGUCAGCUUCGCUAGUGUUGAUAUAUAUGUUCCACCUUCCGUUUCCUCGAAUCCUUCCGACGCUGUUUCUGUUCUUGGACAACCAAUCAGGUUCCAGUGCGGUUUCCAAGGCAACCCUGCACCACGUAUAGAAUGGUAUCAUGGCAGCAACUCCAAAUUUAAACCCGUGYCCUCCACUCCUAAGUACAACACGACUGGGGGUACCCUUAGGAUAACGGCAGUCAGCAUUGAAGAUGAAGGGACGUUCCUUUGUAAGGGGAUUAAUGUUGCUGGUACUGCAAAUGCCUCUGCAUAUCUGAAUGUGCAAGUACCAGUUUCCUUGGAUGCCGGUCCAGUGAACAUAACUGUCAACCAGUCCUCCUCGGCAUCUUUUAAAUGCGUGGCCUCGGGCGACCCAAAGCCGAACAUCACGUGGUUCAAGGGAGUCGUUUUGUUAAGAAAUGGAGGGCGCAUCGUUAUUACAGAGGAAACUCUAUCAAUAACCAGAACUAAUGCAAGUGAUGCAGGAGAAUAUAGGUGUCACGUGACCAAUGGGCUUGCUACGCAUGUUGGGAAAGCACAUCUGRUGGUACAAGUUGUGCCAACCAUUGUAAACUUUGACGUACMUUCCUUUGCACCACUCGGAGGCAGCAAACUGAUGACCUGUCAAUCAAGCGGCAUACCACAUCCGCAGAUCACGUGGUUUAAGGAUAAUAAUGYCAUAACAGGGUCACGUUUCACUUUGUUUGCUAACGGCUCGUUGAGGAUUGUGGGGUUUUUGAGGGGCGAUGGAGGAGUUUACUUGUGCAAGGCAUCUAAUCCUGCAGGAUUUACAACAAGCAAUAAAACACUUACAAUACAAGUUCCACCAGAGGCACCACUACAGCUAUCAGUCAAUUCUCUAUCAUCAACGUCAAUCAAGUUGUCAUGGCAACCAGGGUUCAAUGGCAACGCCCCAAUUACAAGUUACAAGAUCGAUAUGAAAAAGAAUGGGCAAUUAGUUUUCACAGAGGUAGAACCCAGUCUUAAUGGCCGUGAGUUGGUCGUACGUCAUCUCUUGCCCUACACCAAGUAUACUUUCAAAGUAUCAGCGAGAAAUUUUGUUGGUUUGGGGAACAGUACUGAAGCCUCGAAUACCACUUUGGAAGAUGCUCCAUCACAGCCACAAAACGUUCARCUCAGCCCAGUAAAUUCUACUGCAAUUGAAAUCAGGUGGUCAGCGCCUUCCCAUCCAAACGGUAUCAUCAGACGUUACGAGAUUGUUUACCAGUCCCUUCCAAGUGGUUCGGUUCUGAAACAAGUGGUACUGGGUUCUAGUCAACUAAAUGUUGUAGUGACCAGUCUUCUGCCGUUCACCGAAUACGCGGCAARAAUCAGAGCUUUUACUGUUGUGUGGGGGAAUUUUUCCAAAGAUGUGAUACAGAGAACAGCUGAAACAGCACCUAAAGUAACUCCUCACAAUGUAAAGUGCCGUGCAGUUAGCUCAACGUCUGUGUUGGUCACUUGGGAGCUGGUCCCAGUUAAUGCUUCGAAUGGAAUAAUAAGAGGAUAUCAAGUCCUAUACCGUGCCAUAACUCACAAUGAYGUCACGAAGAGGAUCGUGAGCAACCGAACAAGUAAUUUCACAAUCCAAGGAUUAUAUCCAUGGACGUUUUACAACAUCUCAGUUCAGGCAUUCACGGUCGAUUUUGGACCAGUUAGCGAAUGGAAGACUGUGCGAACACACGAAGCAGCUCCUUCUGCCGCACCUAACGUMACUCUGACGUCACCAAAUGAAUCAAGUAUCCUAGCAACCAUAGCCCCGCCUCCAGUAAACAUGCGCAAUGGCAUCGUCAUUGGCUACAACGUGUCGUACAAAGCAUCCAACUCAUUGAACGUUGUUCACGUGUUUGCUUCAUCCAAUCACACUGYAGUGGUGUUGCUAAGCAACCUUGAUGUUUAUACAUACUACACGGUUACUGUUGCCGCGGCAACGAAAGCUGGAGCUGGACCGAUGAGUAAAGAAAUGAAGUUACGAACGCAGGAAGGAGUUCCUAAUGAGGUUAACAUAGUCUCCCUURAAUUAUCYGAACAAAAAGYCAACACUGUUGAGAUCAAGUGGUCAGCGCCACGCCCAGUCAGGGGGGAGAUAGUACAYUAYAAAAUAUCCUAUAAUCAAUCUAGUGGAGACCAGGCYUCAGUAACGACAMAAGAAACRUCAAUCUCAAUACMAGACUUACAGUAYARCUCUACUUACCAUAUAUGGGUAAUGGCMAAGACUUCUAAAGGAUAUGGAAUGCCGGGAAAUAUUGAGAAGAUAACAACAGGUCCCAARCCAACAGUCCCACCUACCACAGGGAGACCAACUACCACAGUUACAAACUCCACAGAACCAGUGGUWAAAAUCACUUCCGGGGAGAGAUCUGGGAUCUACUUGAGCGAACAAAAUAUGAUGAUUAUCGGGAUCUGCGCWGGCGUUGUUUUCCUAAUUCUUUUGAUCCUUGUUAUUUACUGUGGAUGCACUCAAUUAAGAAGRGAUAARCGAAGUGAUCACAUGAAAGCAAGAAAGACCGGAUCACUAGGCUUAGAUGUUCAUGAACUAAGGGGAGUAUCUCCWGACAGGAGACCAGUCCUCGACGUUCAAGAAGAGACGAGCGUAAACUCGGCUGACUCUUUUGAAGAUUACUCCGAUUUCAACAGCUCCAUAACGGGAAUUGCAUCGGAACAAACAGGCUCAGAACCAAUCUCCAAAAAGGUAUCAUCCCCAUCACAGCCUUCGUCUGAGGUGACUGGGAUCCAGCCUCCUCCUCAGCCGUCAGUCAAACGCGUGGAGUCMAAGGAACAGAAGAAUGGCCGUCCGCACCUGUCAAAGAAUCACCUCAGUAAAUUAAAAAACAAGAAACUUUCUCUUGGUUCUAAUGAUAGCUUUUAUGAUCAGCCGUACUCCAGUGUCGAUGAACUGGGGACUGGAUUCUCAAGCUUCACACCCCCACCCCCUGAAGAUUUCAGAAAUGAAAACUCCAGCCCUUCAAGCAAUGACACUCCCAGGGAAACCCCCAGAGAAUUUUCUAAUGAGUUAUACAAUCCAGUAUUAGAACAUCCCAAUGAAGUGAAACCGCAACCUAUUUAUUCCGAAUACGCCGAACCGGAAGUUCUGUUUAAUCCAAGACCUGCUGUGGAAGAGGACGUCAUUGAACCGGAAGUCMUUACACCUCCACCGGAAGCGUUUAUGUCAGACUUUGAAGGCAUCCAGAACGAAGGGUAUAAUACAGACGAAGAGCUUGAUAACUACCUGGGACAAGAACAAUCAAAAAAACAAAGCGAAGCAUAUCCGUCAUCAAAAUCACAUGCGUCAUCACAGUCUCUUGCGUCAUCACAGUCUCCUACGUCAUCACAGUCUCCUACGUCAUCAAGAAGUCAAAGUGCUAGUCCACCAAUUUACGCCACGGUCGAUAAAUCCAAGAAGAAGAAGAAGAAGAAGAAAGAAGAAACCGAUCACGAUCCAGUUGUAGUUUAUGACGAACGUACAAACUUGUGAACACGAUUAGUUUUACUUGACUAUAAAUAAGGACUCGUGUCACAAUUUCCAUGCAGCUUUUAGCAAUUGAACAACAACAACUUACUGAAAAUACUGUACUUGUAAGUCGUAGGGAGCAUUUGCACUAGGAAAACGUGCUCAAAAAACACCUACAAAUAACGAUUUUUAAUAAAACACCAAAACGGACAAAAAUA